CACGGCGUGGGGUAAGCAUGCGUCUGAUCUGAGAGCUGUGUGCGCCAGAGCCCUGAUUACUCCACGCUGAGAGGGUCACGGUCCAGGGAUGGGCAGCAAGCACUGAGGGUCACUCAGAGAGAGAGAGAGAGAAAGAGAGGGAGAGAGAGAACACGCAGGCUGAGCAGGACUCUGACACAGUGAACAAGGGAGAAUGGUGGCCGAGGAGGUCGUCGUCAGCCUGUCUGGAGGAGCGCCAUGGGGCUUUCGGCUCCAGGGGGGAGCUGAGCAGAGCAAACCUCUCCAAGUGGCCAAGGUGAGGAAGCGCAGUAAAGCCUGCCGCGCUGGUCUGCGAGAGGCUGACGAGCUGCUGGCUAUCAAUGAGCUGUCAUGUGGAGAACUCUCUCACGCCCAGGCCAUGAACCUGAUUGACAAUGGCAGAGGAAUCCUUCACCUGCGUGUCAGAAGGUCAGGGGCCCCUGGCCUGCAGUCCCUGAUGCUGCUCGGGUCCUCCUCCGCUCCUCAUAUGGACGAAGCGUACCGCGCCGCCCUGCAGGCCCUGUCCCCUCCGCUGUCCUCAGCGCCUCUCCGCGGGAGCUCCGGCUGCAUCACGUCUCCGCCGGACAGCGAGGCGUACUACGGCGAGACGGACAGCGACGCCGACGUAGUGGCCCAGGAGCGCCAUCGCCGGCAGAAGCGCCGAAGCCCCAGCAGCUCCCCGGCCAAGCCGCCGCCGCACGAGGAGGAGGAGGAGGCCUCGGAGAUGAGCGGCUACGAGAGCGCCCCGGAUGCCAGCGGCUACAUGAGCCAGCUGCAGCACCGCUGGGCCGAGAUGCAGGGCCAGCCGCCCCCUCAGCAGCAGCAGCAGCAGCAGCAGCAGCAGCAUGGGCUACCGGGCGUAGCGCGCAGGGAGGUGGUCUACCAGCCGCCCCCGACCGAGUGGGGGCUCCAGGAGAUCUCGGGCCAGAACUCGGGCCAGAGCAGCCCAAACAACAGCCAGGGGGCGGGGGAGGGGGACAGCGGCUUCCAGGAGGCUCCGGCUGUGAAGCCCCCGCCACUGGUGUCUCCUGAGCGGGCCAGAGAGGCCAUGAUGCUGGCCUCCCGCAGGCAGCUGGUGCCCAUGGUGGGGCCCUUGGAGACGCCUAUGGACGACGAGCUCACAGCCACCUACAAGGACAAAGCCAGACAGGCCAAACUCCACAGAGGUGAGAGCGGCCAGGAGAAGCAGGUGAAGGAGGCCCGCACCAAGUGCCGCACCAUCGCCUCCCUGCUGACCGACGCGCCCAACCCCCAUGCCAAGGGUGUGUUGAUGUUCAAGAAGCGCCGACAGCGCGCCAAGAAGUACACGCUUACCUGCUUCGGCAGUGCAGACGACGCCAGCCUCUCCCGCAGCGAGACUGAAGACGAGGAGGAGGAAGGAAGCAGCUUCCCUGGCAGCGAGUCAGAGCUGGAAGAGGAAGGGUUCGCCGCCUCCACCGAGCCUGACCCGAUCUGGGACAGUGGCUACCUCGACCUACUGGACAAGAGGUCCUCAGCCUGCAUCGGAGAGUUUGACAGUGUCCAGGAGAGCAGCCCAGGGCUGAAUAUGUCGGGGAAGGGUGCUCAGCUGUUUGAACAGCAGAGGCAGCGGGCAGCGAAGCCUGUUGCUCCACCGCCCGUCGCGGCCAAGCCGGCCGCAGCGCCGCUAUCGCUCAUGACUGAUGAGCAGCUGGCAGAGAUGACCGCAGAGAUGCCCCCAGCUCCUCCAGCUUACGCAGGCCCGUCGGUGACUGUGAAUUCAGGGAUGGUGAACGGAGAUUCAACGGUGGUGAGUCGCACCAGCGUGGUACUAGCUCCUGCGGGCCAUGCCGUGUCAAUGGCAAGUGGUGGGCCUGACACCAUGGACUCACAAGCUGGCACCAAUGUCCACAACCGGACCGCCAAGCCGUUUGCCGCCGGCUGCGUGGGCAACCGGGCCGCCACUGCCCCCGUGGUAUUCCGGCCCAGCCCUGCCCGGAAGGCGGUGUCCGUGGCCAACAUGCCAGCAGCCUUCUCUUCUUCCAGCGGUCCAGAGGUGAAGCGAGCAGUCUCCUCCACCUCCCUCUACAUCCCCGCCCGGCCCGCCACUGUGAGUGGACCUCCCUCAGCAGGGGCGUCUCCCCUCUCUCCACGCACCUCUGUGUCUGUGGCCUCCUUCCCCCCUCCGGCCGCACAUCCAGCUCCUCAUCCUGCUCAUCAGGCUACUUAUUCAGCUCCUCACUCUGCUCCUCAUCCGGCUCCUCGUUCUACUCCUCACCAGGCUACUUAUUCAGCUCCUAAUUCUGCUCCUCAUCCGGCUCCUCAUCCAGCUCCUCACCAGGCUACUUAUUCAGCUCCUAAUUCUGCUCCUCAUCCAGCUCCUCAUCAGGCUACUUAUUCAGCUCCUAAUUCUGCUCCUCAUCUGGCUCCUCGUUCUGCUCCUCACCAGGCUACUUAUUCAGCUCCUCAUCAGGCUACUCAUCAGACUCCUCAUUCUGCUCCCCCAUCCUAUAACCCACCUCCCCCUGCUAUGAGCCAGCCCUAUUCUCCUUCCUCCUCCAUGGCCUCUGCACCAUUCUCCCCACCAGCUCCUCAUGCCACCCCCUACUCUCCUCAAGAGGCUCCAGCCUACUACCCCCCUCAGUCCAUGCCCUACUCUGCUCCUGCUCCUCCUGUGCCCUCCAAACCUUACUCCUCACCUCAUUCCCAAGCUGCACCUUUCUCCCCUCCCCCUCAACAAAACAUGCCCCUUUCACCUCCUCACCAGCCGAGCGCCCCCUUCCCUCCUCCCUCCACCAUGACCAUGUCCUACUCCCAGCCCCCUGCCAACGUAGCCUCCACGUACCCCCCAGCUCCUGUGUCUGCUCCUUAUGCGCCAUCCCAGCCAGUUCCUGCCUCCCCCCCCAACCUGGUGCCACCGCCCACAGCUCCUAAGGUCUCCUUCAACCCCUACGUUGAUGUGUCGGCGUCGCCUCAGCCUCCCGCCACGGCGUCUCCUCAGCUGUGCCAGGCGGCAGGCGCGGGGCCAGAGGCGCUGGCGUCUCGAGAGCAGCGGAUCGCCGUGCCAGCGGGGAAGACCGGCAUCUUGCAGGACGCUCGCAAGCGGAGCAGCCGCAAGCCCAUGUUCAGCGCGCCGGAGGAGAAGAAGGGCCUCUCUCCGAACCCCGCGCUGCUGAACAUGGUGCAGAACCUGGAUGAGAGGCCCCGGGGGGACCCGGGCUUCGAGUCUGGCCCUGAGGAGGACUCCCUCAACCUGGGCGCGGAGGCCUGCAACUUCAUGCAGAUCCAGAGAGGCGGCAGGCACCCUCCUCCGCCUGUGGCCCCCAAGCCGUCUCGCGCCGCCACCGGCCCGCCUCCUCCGCCCUCCCUGCAGACCGGAGGCAAGGGGGCCGAGCUGUUCGCGCGCCGGCAGAGCCGCAUGGAUCGCUACGUGGUGGACAAGCAGCAACCGCAUCCGAUGUCCCCUGCCCAGCCCCGCGAUCCCUCCCCCACCCCAUCUCUCCCCGCCCACUGGAAGUAUUCCUCCAGCAUCAGGGCCCCUCCUCCCAUCAACUACAACCCCCUGCUGUCCCCCUCCUGCCCCCUGGUCGCCCAGCGUGCCCCCAGGGCCUCGGAGGCCCCUCGCGUGGCCCACAAACCGGGCGUGAAGGCGCUGGACUACAUGAGCCGCCAGCCCUACCAGCUCAACUCGUCCCUCUUCAGCUACGGGGGUGGAGUGCCUCAGCAGCCGCAAGGCGCCUCCCUCACCACACCCCGACAGGUGCCAGUCAAGGCGGCGCGCGUCUACGAGAUCAAGCGCUUCUCCACUCCCACCCCCAUGUCGGCGCCCACCUCCCUGACCCCAACCGUCAUCGUGCCACGCUCGGCCACCACGUUGGCCGAGCCCAUCUGGAGGUCUGAGGUGGCGUCCCCCCCGCCUCGGGCCCCGGCACCUGCCCCUUACACCCCUACACCCACCCCUUACACCCAGGCGCCCGCCCCGUACUCCCCUGCUGCCCGACCCCCACCCCCAUCAGUGACCCUCCCUGCCCUGCCCCACUUCCAGGGCUCAGCCCACGGGCCGGCUCCUGCCCAGGCGUACGGCUCCCAGUUCCAGGCUGCCAAGCAGUUCAAGAGUGCCCCUGAGCUGAGUCCCCUGUCGGUGAACCCCGCCCUGCGCUCCAGCAGCACCCAGCCCAACCUCAGGGUGCCCCGGCCACGCUUCAGCACCUCCAACGCGGGUCUGCAGCCCAACGUGUGGAGACCCGGCUCCAUGAUCCACUGAGGGAGGGAGGGAGAAGGAGCAGUAGCACAGAGGAAACAUCCAGAAUGUGAUCCAUACACGGCGUCAUGUGCUACUAGCACCUGUUUUCUCAAAGAAAAUCAAUCAAUUUUCACAGUAAUUGAUUGAUCUACAGUAAUGUUUUGAUUCACUUAUAUAACUCUAAGUGAGCAGUCACUUGUAGCAGUCUCUUUAUCAAAAGUGCAUUUAUCAGUGAGUAACAAUUUCAUGUGUGCAGUGUCCAGAUUCUCUACAGUAUGCAUAUAUCAUUAGAUUUAAACUGAUCUAGAUUUUAUGGCAUUAGAUUUAAACUCUGUAUUUACCUUCACUGGCACACAAAUGGCAAUGCUGAAAUAGAAAUGUGUUAUUUUAAGUGUUCACUAACAGAUCUGAACACACUUCAAGUCAUGAUGAUAUUUAUGGAAAAGCAUUAUGGAAAGGUUGAGCAUUCUACAGUAAUGUAUUCUACAAGGAAUGGCUGCAUUUAAAAGCACAGUAGAUUCACUUUUUAUUGACUAAAAGGCUAUGUGUGCACUCUGUUCUACAAUUAAUGUUGUUUUAACACACAAACAAUUUAACACGUUGUCAUUGUUUUUUGUUUGUUCAAACAUUAUUGUAUUCUGUCUUUUGCUACCUAGAUGUUCUACUGCGUAUAAUUGUAUAGCUUGCAUAUUGUAUUAUUUUCUCUAGCCUUGGCUAUAACAUGAUGGAUUCAGUGGUUGUCUUCAUUUCAUGGCUCCCUGAGUUUGCGCUGGAUUGUUUAUGGUUCUUUUGAGCUUCUAUUUGUCACUGCCAGAGAUGCAGCCCAGCUUCCGUUAGAAUCCUUGUUGCUAUUCAGCCUCAUAGAUACAAUGUAUGUCUAUGCUGUUUUAUAGGGACACCGGACAACGCCAUGAAUUUGAUGUUCUAUUUCUGAAGUUCUGUGAGAUGUAUAACUUUCGUGGUGGGAAAUGUUUAUGUUUUGGUAAUAACUGGGGGCCAAGCAGAAGGAAAAUCAAGUGAAGACAAACAGCAUCAUCAAAGACGAUGGUGAUGACAAGGUCGUUCUUUAAAAAAAGCAUUAAAUGAAAUGUGGAAGAGGGAAAAAAAAGUGUGAAGGAAUAAAAAUAGACCACAAGUGUGUCCCGGAGAAGCAGGUCGAGAGGAAACGUGUGUGACUGUGUGUCAUGUUUUUCUGUUGUUCAGCCUUCCUAGUCUGCCAGUUCACCUGAGCUCACCUCCUCCGCCACUUUAAUGAAAGCGGUGACAGACGAACAGACGCUCAGAUCAAUUAAAUAAUAAAUCUGUCCCUGGCAGUGACAGCGAGUCACUGACUCUCUCAAAGCCCCUGGUGUCUAGCAGCAGAGUGAAUAGAAAGCUCGGCACGGUGGCGUUACAAGGGACACCGUUUUUUUUUCACCAGGUGGGUUAGAAGCUGCUGUACAUAAAAGGAACACAGAGCAUGUACGUGCACUAGAAUGGACAAGGAACAGGAGACAGGAGGUAUAUUGAGAUAUGCAAUUAUCUUUACUCUAAUGUGUUUUGAAUCAUUUACUGUAUUGUCUACGUACUGUAGGAUGGCCCAGUGGGUGAGCCUCGUCUCCACUUGUAUAACCCCAGAGAGUGGAACCCCAGGAGGCCCGUUAGCACCCCGAGCUCCUCUACGCGCUCCAGAGGCACGGUGUGAAGCAGGGGUGUGUGACUGUGAUAGACAGGUCCACACCACACAUUAUUUGGGCCUGGCCAUCGCUGAUGAAGCACACAUGGCAGCCCAUCUCACUGACCUUUUCGGAGUGAAUCCUGUGAGGUACGGUACGGACUCAGUAUGAAUAUGUUUGAGGACUGGCUAGAAUAGUUUUCUGGCUUUUUUGUAGUAAAAAAGAUAGCCUACUGUUAUGGGCCGAAAGCAGGUAAUAGGUGUCUAGAAAUGAAAGUAAAGCUGAUCUCUGCAGCUUUGCAGGUUGCUAGUACACCAUGGCAGAGUCAGUGCCUUGCUGUGUGCAGGGAGAGAAUGAAAGAGAAUGGACCUCAGAUCAUAGAGGUGCAGCUAGUUUUUCCUGUGUGUUUUUAACAUGGUCUCUUAUGUCAUUUGCUUUCAGAUGUUCACGUCAUUUGUAUAGUUGCUUUCAUGUUUCAUGUAAUAUUUUAAGUUCACUUCAUGCCACGGUUGACAAAAAUGGCAACAUGAUCAAGUUUUUUUUUUAGCUUUUUAUAGGUGGCUGAAAUGUAGUUGAAUUGUAACAGAUCCGGAGCAAGAUACUGCUAGUGAAAAAAUAGGUUGUUGUUUUAAUGUUGGUGGUAUAGGACAUACUUGUCCUUGCCUGGGAGGCUGGGUUUUGGGUAUUGAGAGUCCAAGAAGAAUAAAAAUAGAACUGAAUUCCCA